GCGUGGGAACCGCUGGCCGCCAGGGCUUCCUCCUGCUCAGGCCGAGCUCUGCCCUUCGGGCCUGCGUGCCGAGGAUAGUCUGGGCAACCGGUCGGCCGCUGCGCCCCCGGGCGUGGCAUCCUCUGCCUGCCCCGGUUCGGUGGCUUCCUGCUCCGCAGUCCCCCGCGCUCACCCACCAGCGGUGCCCGCGCCUGGCAGGCUGGGUCCGCAGGCCCCGGCUCCAUCUCCAGGCAGGAGCCCCAGGGCCCCGUGCCCCUCAAGCCUUGCCCUGGGGUCUGACCCGCCCGGGGGCCGCAGCCUCCUGCGACCUGGAGCAGUUGCGGAGACCCAUGGUGGUUAAUUAACCGGUUCGACAAAAGACACUUUCUGUGUGCCAGAAUUUGCAAGGAGUUGCUAGCGCAGUGGGCACGCGGACUGUAAGACCCGAUGCUACCCUCUCUGACCAUGAAACUCCAGGUGUCCACGUGGCUGAUGGCCUGUGUUGGUGUCCUGAGCUGCGUGCAGGCUGAAUUUUUCACUUCUGUUGGGCACAUGACUGACUUGAUUUAUGCGGAGAAGGACCUGGUGCAGUCUCUGAAGAAGUACAUCCUUGAGGAGGAAGCCAAGCUCUCCAAGCUGAAGAGUUGGGCCAGCAAAAUGGAAGCCCUGACCAGCAAGUCGGCCGCGGACCCUGAGGGCUACGUAGCCCACCCCGUGAACGCCUAUAAACUGGUGAAGCGGCUGAAUACAGACUGGCCUGCCCUGGAGGACCUUGUUCUGCAGGACGCGGCUGCCGGUUUUAUUGCCAACCUCUCCGUGCAGCGGCAGUUCUUUCCCACUGAUGAGGAUGAGUCAGGAGCUGCUAAAGCCCUGAUGAGACUCCAGGACACAUACAAACUCGACCCAGGCAUGAUUUCCAGAGGGGAAAUUCCAGGCACCAAGUACCAGGCAAUGCUGAGUGUGGACGACUGCUUUGGGAUGGGCCGCUCAGCCUACAACGAAGGAGACUAUUAUCAUACGGUGCUGUGGAUGGAGCAGGCGCUCAAGCAGCUUGAUGCCGGGGAGGAGGCCACUGUAGCCAAGUCCGAGGUGCUGGACUACCUUAGCUACGCUGUCUUCCAGUUGGGUGACCUGCACCGUGCCCUGGAGCUCACCCGCCGCCUGCUGUCCCUUGACCCGAGCCAUGAGCGAGCUGGAGGGAAUCUGCGGUAUUUUGAGCGGUUGCUGGAGGAAGAAAGAGGAAAACCAUUGUCAAAUCAGACAGAAGCAGCGCUCGCAGCCCAGGAAGGCGUCUAUGAGAGGCCGGUGGAUUACCUGCCCGAGAGGGAGGUGUACGAGAGCCUCUGUCGCGGGGAGGGCGUCAAGCUGACACCCCAGAGGCGGAAGAGGCUGUUCUGCAGAUACCACCACGGCAACAGGGCGCCGGAGCUGCUUAUUGCCCCCUUCAAAGAGGAGGAUGAGUGGGACAGCCCGCGCAUUGUCAGGUACUACGAGGUCAUGUCGGACGAGGAGAUCGAGAGGAUCAAGGAGAUCGCAAAGCCCAAGCUGGCACGAGCCACUGUGCGUGAUCCCAAGACAGGUGUCCUCACAGUCGCCAGCUACAGAGUUUCCAAAAGCUCCUGGCUGGAGGAAGAGGACGACCCUGUCGUGGCGCGGGUGAAUCGUCGGAUGCAGCACAUCACAGGGUUAACAGUAGAGACUGCAGAAUUACUGCAGGUCGCAAAUUACGGAAUGGGAGGACAGUAUGAGCCGCACUUUGACUUCUCCAGGAACCAUGAGCGAGAUGCUUUCAAGCGUUUAGGGACUGGGAAUCGUGUGGCCACAUUCUUAAACUACAUGAGUGACGUAGAAGCUGGUGGAGCCACCGUCUUCCCUGACCUUGGAGCUGCACUUUGGCCCAAGAAGGGCACAGCUGUAUUCUGGUACAACCUUUUGCGGAGUGGAGAGGGCGACUACAGAACGAGGCAUGCGGCCUGCCCCGUGCUGGUGGGCUGCAAGUGGGUCUCCAAUAAGUGGUUCCAUGAACGAGGACAGGAGUUCUUGAGGCCUUGUGGAUCAACGGAAGUUGACUGAUGUCCUUUCCUGCCCUUCCCCUUCCUGGCCCCAUGCCUCAAGUCAUCUUCAAGUUCAGCGCAACAGACACCUUUCUGCUCCUGUCAGGCAGGGUGUUGGAGGAGUCAGUGUUUGUCUGGAGUGGGCGAGUCCAGUGUGCCCCGGGUCCCAGCCUCUUCGUCAGCUGUGUCACCCCCGGCUCCAGGAGCAGCACUGGAGCGGCUGCAGUAGAGCCAGGCUGCCCUGCACCCCGGAAGGUGCCUCUGUACCUCAGACGACGUCGGUGAGAGAUGUUUCAGUGAACCAAAGUUCUGAUACCUUGUUUACAUGUUUGUUUUUAUGGUGUUUCUGUAAGUUGUGGCUUAACCAGAAAAUAAAAUGUCCUUGCCAGAAGCCUUAAA